AUGGAGAGCCCUUCACUUUCAUCGCUGAGCGAUCCUUCCAUGGACUUCCACGUCCCACAACCCGUACACGAGCUAGCGACGUCCGCCAUGGCUUCCGGCCUUCUUUCUCUCCAGCCGCCCUCGCCCCUCGAUUUCAACGACACCAUCGACGACUCUAUCGACGCCACGUCAGCCACUAUCGACGCCUUUAAUAGCGCCACUGCCACGUCGGAGCCUUGGGAGGAGGCCAUGCGCGCUCAGCUCGCCACGUGGUUCGAAGACCCGGACUUCGUCGACGAGGCUCCGUCGAUGGACGUUAUUCCCGGCGAAAAAGGCGUUGGCCUUAACCUUGACGGAGACGCGAUCGUCGCGCUUCCUCCCGACGCCGUCUUUUCUAUGCUGUGCAACGCGCACAACCGCCGAGUUUAUAGGAACGUCAAGGCGGCGAAGAACGAGCGCGUCGUGAGUGACUGUAACGGGGUUAAGACGGUCGAAAUGGACCUCACGUUCGCCUUCAGACUGCCCCCCUUUACAGGAACGUUCGACUCGCACCUGCUCUUUGUCUACGAUCGCCCGAAGCGCAGGGUCACGUUCACUCAAACGCGCAACGGCUUCAUGCGCAAGUUCGAAGGCUACUGGCAGGUCGAGUCGCUUCUCAUCCCCGCUUCGGCUCCCCCCGUUUCCUCCCCCUCUUCCGCACCGUCUUCCCCCUCGCGCCCUUCUUCCCCCACUUCCUCCGCUCCCUCCCCCCCCAUCGGUACUUUCGGCUCGUCCCCGCAAUCGCCGCUCUCCGAAGUUUGCGGCGGCCCGGGUGAUCGCGAUUUGGCUGCAGAUUUUGCAGGAGCUUUUGCCGCAAGCACCGGCAGCGGUUACCGCGUGGCGUCGCGACUGGUUUUGCAUCAGUUCGUGCUGCCGCCCAUCGCGCCUCCGAACAUUUUCAAGCGCUGCCUGCGCGCCCUGCUCCGCGAGUCGACGCGCGAUGUGCUGGCAAUUUUCCAGGAAGAAGCCGCGCGGAUCCGCCGCAACAAGGGGAAGGAAGAAGUGGAGGAGAAAGGGAAGGCGGGGAAGAGCUCGAAGCUGGAUUCAAGAGCUACAGCUUCGUUCACACUGCUGCCAGCAAUCCGUUCGAAGCUGCUCGAUUGCCCGCCUGCCAUGUCACCCGCUAUCAACGCCACGUCAGCCGCUAUGAACACCACGUCAGCCACUCUCCAGACCGCAUCCGAGCCCUGGGAGGAGGCCAUUAGUUCCCAGCUCGCCGCGUGGUUCGCCGACUCGCACUGGACGGACGAGGCGCCUUCCAUGACAGUCACCGUUGGAGAUCACGGCCGCGGACAGCUGGACGGCGUCGCGACCGUCGCGCUUCCCCCGGACACGGUUUUCUCGAUCCUCUGCGACCCGCACAACCGCCGCGUGUUCACGUUCAUAAAAUCCGUCAAGAACGAGCGCGUCGUGAGUGACUGUAACGGGGUGAAGGUUGUCGAGUUGGACAUAGUGUUCGCGCUCAAGGUUCCCUUCUUUACAGGCACGUUCGACGCGCACCUGCGCAACGUGCACGACCGCCCCAACCGCAGGGUCGCCUUCUGCCUGUCGCGCCCCGGCUUCAUGCGCAAAUUCGAGGGCUACUGGCAGGUCGAGCCUCUCCUCGUUCCCUCUUCCGCCACUUCCCCCGCCGAUUCCGCCAGUGUCGUGACUGUUGGAGUGGUUUCCGCGAACCACACGAACGACGGCGAGAAAACGGACCUACGACGACUUCAUGACGGUGGCGUGUGGAAGAAGCAAGAAGGAAUUACUAAGAAGCAUCUAAGAUAA